AUGGCGCGGAGUUGGAUGGUCGGCGGAACUGCGGUGGCGGCGCUGGCGUCCGUGCUGGCGGCGUGCGCCACUGCGCUGCACGCGAGUGGCGGAAACAUGGGGCUGCACCCCAUGCCGCGCAUCUUUCCCUUCCUCUGCUCCUUCGAGGACGAGAUUAGAGACGUCUCAAACAUCGUGCCAAAACCCCGUCUUCCCCCCAUCAACCCCCACCCUCCCCCCAGGCUGCACCCCAUGCCGCGCAUCUUUCCCUUCCUCUGCUCCUGCGAGGACGACAAGCUUUGUGAUGUCUCCUCCCCCCCGCUUUACGCCCUCCCCUUCUCCGCUUUACGCCCUCCCCUUCCCCGCUUUACGCCCUCCCCUUCCCUGCUUUUCGCCCUCCCCUUCCCUGCUCCCCUUCCCCCCAGGCUGCAUCCCAUGCCGCGCAUCUUCCCCUUCCUCUGCCAAUGCGAGGACGAGCAUGGCGUGCUGGACGAGGGCAUCGCGCGCUGCCAGCUCGCCAGCGACUUCCUCAUAGCUCUGGCCUACUUCUCCAUCCCAUUGGAGCUGCUCUACUUCUUCCUGCGAGCAAAGGUCUUUCCCCACCGCUGGGUGCUGCUGCAGUUCGGCCUCUUCAUCGUGCUCUGUGGUCUGACUCAUCUGGUGAACAUGUGGACAUAUGGUCCCCAUCCCAGUGCAGUGGCAGUGCUACAAACAGUGCUCAAAGUGCUCUGUGCGGCUGUCUCCUGUGCCACGGCCUUCCUGCUCGUCACCAUCAUCCCUGCUCUGCUCAACGUCAAGUCUGUGCGGCUGUGUCCUGUGCCGUAUUUCCUGCUCAUCACCGUCAUCCCUGCGUUGCUCAACGUCAAGGUCCGGGAGUUGUUGCUGCAGCAUAAAGCGGCACAGCUGGAUAGAGAAAUGGAUGUGAUGAGGCGAAAGAAGGAGGUGGGGCGGCACGUCCAGGAACUCUUCUUGCAGCACAAGGCAGCGCAAUUAGACAGGGAAAUGGACGUGAUGAGGCGAAAGGAGGAGGUGGGGCGGCACGUCCGAGAGCUCUUCUUGCAGCAUAAAGCGGCCCAGCUAGACAGAGAAAUGGACGUGAUGAGGCGAAAGGAGGAGGUGGGGCGGCACGUGCGCAUGCUGACAUACGAGAUCCGCCAGUCGCUGGACCGACACACCAUCCUCAACACCACCCUCGUGGAGCUGGCCCAGGCGCUCAUGCUGGAGAAUUGCACCAUCUGGAUGCCUCACGCCUUGCUUCUACCUAUCCAAUGGCGGCUGCCUGUGCGUGCUGCCUGGGCGUGUUGCCUGGGCGUGUUGCCUGGGCGUGUUGCCUGGGCGUGUUGCCUGGGCGUGUUGCCUGGGCGUGUUGCCUGGGCGUGUUGCCUGGGCGUGUUGCCUGGGCGUGUUGCCUGGGCGUGUUGCCUGGGCGUGUUGCCUGGGCGUGUUGCCUGGGCGUGUUGCCUGUGCGUGCUGCCUGGGCGUGUUGCCUGGGCGUGUUGCCUGGGCGUGUUGCCUGGGCGUGUUGCCUGGGCGUGUUGCCUGGGCGUGUUGCCUGGGCGUGUUGCCUGGGCGUGUUGCCUGGGCGUGUUGCCUGUGCGUGCUGCCUGGGCGUGUUGCCUGGGCGUGUUGCCUGGGCGUGUUGCCUGGGCGUGUUGCCUGGGCGUGUUGCCUGGGCGUGUUGCCUGGGCGUGUUGCCUGGGCGUGUUGCCUGGGCGUGUUGCCUGUGCGUGCUGCCUGGGCGUGUUGCCUGGGCGUGUUGCCUGGGCGUGUUGCCUGGGCGUGUUGCCUGGGCGUGUUGCCUGGGCGUGUUGCCUGGGCGUGUUGCCUGGGCGUGUUGCCUGGGCGUGUUGCCUGGGCGUGUUGCCUGGGCGUGUUGCCUGGGCGUGUUGCCUGGGCGUGUUGCCUGUGCGUGCUGCCUGGGCGUGUUGCCUGGGCGUGUUGCCUGGGCGUGUUGCCUGGGCGUGUUGCCUGGGCGUGUUGCCUGGGCGUGUUGCCUGGGCGUGUUGCCUGGGCGUGUUGCCUGGGCGUGUUGCCUGGGCGUGUUGCCUGGGCGUGUUGCCUGGGCGUGUUGCCUGGGCGUGUUGCCUGGGCGUGUUGCCUGGGCGUGUUGCCUGGGCGUGUUGCCUGGGCGUGUUGCCUGGGCGUGUUGCCUGGGCGUGUUGCCUGGGCGUGUUGCCUGGGCGUGUUGCCUGGGCGUGUUGCCUGGGCGUGUUGCCUGGGCGUGUUGCCUGGGCGUGUUGCCUGGGCGUGUUGCCUGGGCGUGUUGCCUGGGCGUGUUGCCUGGGCGUGUUGCCUGGGCGUGUUGCCUGGGCGUGUUGCCUGGGCGUGUUGCCUGGGCGUGUUGCCUGGGCGUGUUGCCUGGGCGUGUUGCCUGGGCGUGCUGCCUGGGCGUGUUGCCUGGGCGUGUUGCCUGGGCGUGUUGCCUGGGCGUGUUGCCUGGGCGUGUUGCCUGGGCGUGUUGCCUGGGCGUGUUGCCUGGGCGUGUUGCCUGGGCGUGUUGCCUGGGCGUGUUGCCUGGGCGUGCUGCCUGGGCGUGUUGCCUGGGCGUGUUGCCUGGGCGUGUUGCCUGGGCGUGUUGCCUGGGCGUGUUGCCUGGGCGUGUUGCCUGGGCGUGCUGCCUGGGCGUGUUGCCUGGGCGUGUUGCCUGGGCGUGUUGCCUGGGCGUGCUGCCUGGGCGUGCUGCCUGUGCGUGCUGCCUGGGCGUGCUGCCUGGGAGGGAGUGCUACCACUAGAUGUGACAGUACCCGGCCCUUUUUAGAGCUGACACACGAGUUGGAGCGGCGGCUAGUGCAAGCACCGGUGCUGGUCCCGCUCUGCGACCCCACAGUGCAGUCGCUCAUCCACACGUCCCGCGCCCUCCGCAUCUCCCCCUCCUCCUUCAUCGGCCACGCCUCCGCCUCCCACACUGCCCACAGCACGUCCCUUGCUGCCGUUCACUUCCCCCUUUCUCCCACCCCCCCACCACUGCCCCCCCUCCCUCUCCACCAGCUGCUGACACACGAGUUGGAGCGGCGGCUAGUGCAAGAACCGGUGCUGGUGCCUCUCUCCGACCCCACGGUCCAGUCGCUCAUCCACACGCCCCGCGCCCUCCGCAUCUCCCCAACCUCCUUCAUCGGCCGCGCCUCUGCCUCCCACACCGCCCACAGCACGUCCCUUGCUGCUGUGCGCCUGCCUAUUCUGCCCCUCGAAGCCAUGGCUGAUGCUGCUGCUGCCGCGGCGGCAGCGGCAGCGGGUGCGGGUGCGGGUGCGGGUGUGGGUGUGGGUGUGGGUGCGGGUGGGGUGGAGGCAGCUGGUGAGGAUGUGGAUGGGAGUGGAGGAGAAGGCAGUCCCUUGCUUUGGAGUGGUGAUGGUGCUGCAGCAGCAGCAGGAGGGGAGGGUGGGAGUGGUGGGGCAGGAGAGGAGAGGAUAGGGGGAGUGGUGCCGGUGUAUGGGCUCAUGGUGCUUGUGCUGCAUGGGGAUGCUAGAAGCUCUGUGCUCUCUUCCCCUCAGCUCAGUGCUCUCUUCCCCUCAGCUCUGUGCUCUCUUCCCCUCAGCUCUGUGCUCUCUUCUCCUCAGCUCUGUGCUCUCUUCCCCUCAGCUCUGUGCUCUCUUCCCCUCAGCUCUGUGCUCUCUUCCCCUCAGCUCUGUGCUCUCUUCCCCUCAGCUCUGUGCUCUCUUCCCCUCAGCUCUGUGCUCUCUUCCCCUCAGCUCUGUGCUCUCUUCCCCUCAGCUCUGUGCUCUCUUCCCCUCAGCUCUGUGCUCUCUUCCCCUCAGCUCUGUGCUCUCUUCCCCUCAGCUCUGUGCUCUCUUCCCCUCAGCUCUGUGCUCUCUUCCCCUCAGCUCUGCCUCACCAGGCAGUGGAAGGCGCACGAGGUGGAGAUGGUGGAGGUGGUGGCAGACCAGGUGGCAGUGGAGAUGGAGAUGUCCAUCUCCCCUACCCUACGACUCCUGCAGUGGAAGGCACACGAGGUGGAGAUGGUGGAGGUGGUGGCAGACCAGGUGGCAGUGGCUCUCUCACACGCCGCAGUAUUGGAGGAGACGCAGGUGAGGGCGGUGCUGGAGGAGAUGCAGCGGCGGAGGGACGAGUUGGAGGAGAAGAACCGCACGUUGCAGGCAGCAAGGCAGCGAGCAGAGGUGGCAGUGAUGGCGAGAAACGACUUCCUGGCCGUGAUGAACCAUGAGAUGCGCACUCCCCUGCACUCCAUCACUGCUCUUGCUUCCAUCCUCAAUAGGGCAGAGAUGGCAGUGAUGGCGAGGAACGACUUCCUGGCUAUGAUGAACCAUGAGCUGCGCACUCCUCUGCACUCCAUCACUGCUCUCGCCUCCAUCUUCAAUCAGGAGAUCCUGACUGACCCCGGAGAAGGCACCCAUGUUGCCCGGGGCACUGUUUCACUUGAGUUUUCCCACUAUUCACUGCUUCAACCCCCCUUCCCAGGAGGAGGACCUGACCCCAGAGCAAGCACCCAUGGUGGCCACUGUGCUGCGCAGUGCUGCAUCCCCUCACUCCUUUACAACCCCUCCCCUUUUCCUCCCCUCCCCUCCCCCUUCCCCCCCCUCCCCUCCCCCCUCACGCUCCACCAGGAGGAGGACCUGACCCCGGAGCAAGCGCCCAUGGUGGCGACUGUGCUGCGCAGUGCGUCGCUGCUGACUUCCCUCAUCACUGACGUGCUGGAUUUCAGUCGACAGGAGGAGAGCGCCGUCGGUACUGUGCCAUGCUGUGCCAUGCUGGGCUGUGCCAUGCUGUACUGUGCCAUGCUGUGCCAUGCUGUACUGUGCCAUGCUGUGCUGUGCUGUACUGUGCCAUGCUGUGCUGUGCUGUGCUGUGCUGUGCUGUGCUGUGCUGUGCUGUGCUGUGCUGUGCUGUGCUGUGCUGUGCUGUGCUGUGCUGUGCUGUGCUGUGCUGUGCUGUGCUGUGCUAUACUGUGCCAUGCUGUGCCAUGCUGUGCCAUGCUGUGCCGUGCUGUUCUGUGCUGUUCUGUGCCGUGCUGUGCCGUGCUGUGCCGUGCUGUGCUGUGCUGUGCUGUGCUGUGCUGUGCUGUGCUGUGCUGUGCUGUGCUGUGCUGUGCUGUGCUUCUGCAUCUGGAGAAGCGCCCGUUUGACCUGCGAAAGCUGUGCAGAGAGGCUGGGAAGCUGGCGUGGCCGCUGGUGCGGUCCAAGGGGUUGCGUUUCUCCCUGGAGGUGGCGGGGGUGGUGCCACGGUUUGUGGUGGGGGAUGAGAAACGGCUGCUGCGGUUGAUGCUGCACCUUGUCGGACGGGCCGUGAAGAAGACCGAUGAGGUGAGCGAGAGGAGAGGAGAAUCAGACGACCGCUGCACCUCCUUUGGUGGGGGGGGGCUGAGAGAGGGGGUGGUAGCGAUCUCGCUGCUGGUCUGUGCUUCAGUGGUGCCGCGGUACGUGGUGGGCGAUGAGAAGCGGCUCUUACGCCUCAUGCUGCGCCUCAUGCUGCGCCUCAUGCUGCGCCUCAUGCUGCGCCUCAUGCUGCGCCUCAUGCUGCGCCUCAUGCUGCGCCUCAUGCUGCGCCUCAUGCUGCGCCUCAUGCUGCGCCUCAUGCUGCGCCUCAUGCUGCGCCUCAUGCUGCGCCUCAUGCUGCGCCUCAUGCUGCGCCUCAUGCUGCGCCUCAUGCUGCGCCUCAUGCUGCGCCUCAUGCUGCGCCUCAUGCUGCGCCUCAUGCUGCGCCUCAUGCUGCGCCUCAUGCUGCGCCUCAUGCUGCGCCUCAUGCUGCGCCUCAUGCUGCGCCUCAUGCUGCGCCUCAUGCUGCGCCUCAUGCUGCGCCUCAUGCUGCGCCUCAUGCUGCGCCUCAUGCUGCGCCUCAUGCUGCGCCUCAUGCUGCGCCUCAUGCUGCGCCUCAUGCUGCGCCUCAUGCUGCGCCUCAUGCUGCGCCUCAUGCUGCGCCUCAUGCUGCGCCUCAUGCUGCGCCUCAUGCUGCGCCUCAUGCUGCGCCUCAUGCUGCGCCUCAUGCUGCGCCUCAUGCUGCGCCUCAUGCUGCGCCUCAUGCUGCGCCUCAUGCUGCGCCUCAUGCUGCGCCUCAUGCUGCGCCUCAUGCUGCGCCUCAUGCUGCGCCUCAUGCUGCGCCUCAUGCUGCGCCUCAUGCUGCGCCUCAUCGAGCGGGCUGUGAAGAAGACGGAUGAGGUGAGCGGGAGAGGAACGGGGUCAGGGAAAGGAUUGUGGCAGCAGGGGAGGGUGGGAGGGGCCGCUGGUGCGGGUGAAGGGGUUGCGCUUCUCCCUGGAAGAGGGUGUCAGUGGAUGAUGGGCAGACCUCCCGCCCCCACUCCUCCUUUACUGCCGGUGAAGGCCCCACUGCUGCAUCGUUCCUCCCUGCUGCUGCUGCCAUUGGGACGACCCCUCAACCCUACUGCCGCUUUCCGCUCCUUCGCUGUUGCAUUCACCCCAUGUUCCCCCAAGCAGGGUUUUGUGUCGGUGCAGGUGACAGUGGAUGAUGGGCAGACCUCCCGCCCCCACUCCUCCCACUCCUCCUUCACUGCCGGUGAUGGCCCCGCUGCUGCAUCGUUCCUCCCUGCUGCUGCUGCGGCAGCUGCCGCCGCAGGGGAGAAUUCGCUUGGCCUCCAGCCACACACACCGUGGGAGCUGUUGUUGGGUCAAGACUUGGUGAACAUUCGUGUAGAUAUCAAGGACUCGGGGUGUGGGCUCACUGCCAUGGAAUUCAAACAGCAUGAGGCACUGCUGCUGCAGCAGCAGAGAGCGAGUGAUGCGGAUGGGGGGAGUGGAGCAGGAGGAGGAGGAAGAGGAGAGGGGCAAGGAAACGGAGUAGAGGGAGCAGGGGAAGAGAGGAAGGGAGGGACGUUGCUAGGGUUCGAGAUCUGCCAGAAGUUUGUGCAGCUGAUGGGGGGGUACAUUUGGAUUGAGAGCGAUGGAGAGGGGUUGGGUGCGACGGUGACGUUUGUAGUGCGGCUGGUGCUGGAUCGAACCAAGAGGCAGAAUGUAGGGUUUAGGGAGAGAGGGGGGCGGGUUUCUAGCAGUAGGGCGAGGAGGAGAGGAAGAAGGGCAGGUCUUGUUGGGGUUGGUGGAGGAGAUGAGAGGAGCAAUGGAUUGUUAUGGAACAGUGGGUUCGAUGGUGCUUGUGAUGGUGUGGAUGGGGCUGAGGGCAGGGGAGGGGGGGCGAGGAAGGGUGGUGAGGAGUAUUCGUUUAUGGAUGGGGAUGACGAUGAUGAAGACGACGAGGAGGAUGAGGAGGAUGAGGAGGAUGAUGAUGAGGAUUCGGCCUUCAGUGACAGCACGGUUUCGUCGAUGGAUUCUUAUGUACAGGAGCUGGAAGGGGUGCAUGUGCUGCUAGUGGAGGACAAUGUGGCGAAUCGCAUCGCGACGCAUCAGAUGCUGCUGACGCUGCGGUGCCACGUCAGCAGCGUGGGCAGCGCGCAGGAGUGCCAGAUGGAGCUGACCACGCGCAAGAGCCCUGCAGUCCCGCCAGUGGAUGUCGUGCUGCUGGAUGUCUGCAUGCCAGACGUUGACGGCUUUGAAGUCGCCCGCCGCAUUCACUCCCUCUUCCGGCCUGACGAGCGGCCUCUGAUUGUGGGUCUCACUGCACGCACGGACAGUGGCAUGGCGGAGGCAUGUGUAGCAGCUGGCAUGGAUGCUGUAUUGCUCAAACCAGUCACAGUUAGACAGCUGGCAGCUACUCUGUGUCACGUGCUCAAUGGCGUGUAA